AUGCGCAUCAGGUUGGGCACACGACCGCUGGUGACCUCCGCUCAAGAAGUAGAGAAUACCAACGUCCAACACUCGACGUUUGUCGCAGAAGCAUCCAAGAGCAGGCGCUGGAAGGAGGGCGACCGUAGCAAUGUUUCUCCUGGUAACAACGUCGAGGUGAACGGAGAGGAUGUCGACUCGUUGACGGAGGGCAAAGGGAAGCUCUCCCCAACCGCAUCGCAUCUCUUCAAGCUCAUCCUGCCUCUUGGUGACACCCGCCAUCCGCAGGACAAGCCUCCGUCCUCCUUCAAGUCUCCCCCACCCACCGUCUUCCUCCUCCACCCCUCCCAGCCGCUCUCGCACGUCGGGCGACUCGUCAUCGCCUCCCUCGCGCCCGUCGCCUCCUCCGUCUCCUUCCGCAGCCGUACCCCGCGCGGCCGCGACAUCCAGUGGUCCGACUCGACCGACGUCGCCGACUUCAUCCGCUACGCCUCGCGCGAGCGCGAAUUCACCGUCUGCAUCUCCUCCUCGCCCCUCCCGCCCGCCGUCGCCCCGGACCCCGCCUCCCCGUCCGACGCGGCCGCGGACACGCUUAUCCCGGUCGAGGUCCCCUCGUUCGCCGACCGGACGCGCUUCCUCCGCCGCCGCCUCGCGCGCAUCGAGCACUCGCUCGCGCGCCUCGAGUCCCUCAAGCGCGAGUGCGACCACGCGGCGCGGCGCGGCGCGCGGCGCAUGGCCGUCGGCGGCUUCGGCGUGCUCCUCGUCUACUGGGGCGCCGUCGCCCGGCUCACCUUCUGGGACUACGGCUGGGACGUGAUGGAGCCGAUCACGUACCUCUCCGGGCUCUCGAUCGUCGUGCUCUCGUACUUGUGGUUCCUGUACCGCGGGCGCGACAUGUCGUACGAGUCGCUCCUGCACCAGUCUGUCUCCGCGCGGCGCGAGGCCCUGUACAAGGCGCGGGGGCUGGACGUCGACCGGUGGAUGGACCUCGUGAGCGAGUCGAAGGCUGUCAGGAGGGAAAUCAGCAAGAUCGGUGAGGACUACGAUGAGCGGCGCUUUGGAGGCGAGGAAGAUGGCAAGGUCGAGGCGGCGGCGACAGAGGAGGACACGAGGACGAGAGAGGUUGACGAGGAGAGUCUGGGGAGUGCACUGAUUAUGACUAAGGACAAGCAAGGUCGAUGA